UCAGCCGAACGCCACCGUCUCUUCAAAGAUCACGUUAGCCCCGAUCCAACCCAUCUCCACUUCAGCUUUCAACCCCUCACUCCCACUCACUCCCAGUGUCAGUCCACGGUCUCUCCGCCUCUCUCCGCCAUGAUUUCCUCCGCAUUACCUCCGUCGAACCUCGCACUCCAUCUCUCUCCUUCCCUUCUCCUCCUCCUCGUCCUCCUCAUUUCCGGCCUCGCGUCCCCGUCUACAAUGGCGGCUCCGAUCGGCGUCAACUAUGGCCAGAUUGCCAACAACCUGCCGCCGCCGGACCACGCGGUGGCGCUGGUGAAGGCUGUCGGGGCGACCCGGGUCAAGCUCUACGACGCGGACCCCCGCGUCCUCUGCGCCUUCGCCGGCACCGGCGUCGAGUUCACGGUCGGCCUGGGCAACGAGUUCUUGGCCCAGAUGAAGGACCCCAAGGGCGCUCUCUCCUGGGUCAAGACCAACGUCCAGUCCUUCCUCCCCGCCACCAAAAUCACCACUAUCGCCGUCGGCAAUGAGGUCUUCACCUCCAACGACACUUCCCUCAGGGACCUUCUCAUCCCGGCUAUGCGGAACGUCCACGACGCCCUCGCGAGCCUCGGCCUCGACAAGCAGGUCACCGUGACGACGGCCCACUCGCUGGCCAUCCUCGGCACCUCCUACCCGCCGUCGACGGGCAAAUUCCGGCGAGAUCUCGUGAGCCGCGUCAGCCAGGUCCUGGACUUCCACUGCCAGACCGGGUCCUCGUUCCUGAUCAACGCCUACCCGUACUUCGCCUUCAAGGCCAACCCAAAGCAGGUCCCCCUGGAGUUCGUCCUCUUCCAGUCGUCGCAGGGGGUCACCGAUCCCUCCACGGGGCUCCGCUACGAGAACAUGCUGUUCGCCCAGAUCGACGCCGUCCACUCCGCGCUCGCGGCUGUCGGGUACGCCAACAUGACGGUGCACGUAUCGGAGACGGGGUGGCCAUCAAGGGGCGACGACGACGAGGUCGGGGCGACGCCGGAGAACGCGAAGAAGUACAAUGGGAAUCUGAUGAGGAUCGUGAAGCAGAAGAAGGGGACGCCGAUGAAGCCAAAUUGUGACCUGAACAUAUACGUAUUCGCGCUGUUCAAUGAGAACUUGAAGCCCGGGCCGAUGUCGGAGAGGAACUACGGGCUGUUCAAGCCGGACGGGACGCCGUCCUACAUGCUUGGCGGCAGCGGCGGGGUGAGCAAUGCGACGAGCUCUGGAGGGUCCGGUGGGGGCGGGAGCGCUUCUGACGGAUCGCCGGCGGCACCGAUUGGCUACCUCUCCGUUACCUCCGGCGCGAGUGAACUGCAAUCAGUAGGUGCAGCCUGCCUCGUUUCGGCUCUGUUCCUGAUCAAGCUCGUCUUUUGAAGUUUGAAUCCGAUCUGAUAUCGAAUUGGGUGAUCAAGAAUCAACGAAAUGGGUAUC